CUUGGGAAGGGGACUAUGAAAGAAGUGUUGGAGAUACCUGAGACGAGCAAAGUUCAGCGCUCGCUUUCGUUCAACGGGGAGACCGAGAAGAAGGAUGACGUGGGUGUCGAGGAAAAGGAUGGUGAAGGGACGAAGGAUGACGUGGUUGUCGAGGAAAAGGAUGGUGAAGGGACGAAGGAUGACGUGGGUGUCGAGGAAAAGGAUUGUGAAGGGACGAAGGAUCAAUUGGAAGAGGAUGUUGAUGAUGUAGAGAGUGUCCCUUCACUUAAUCUAUCAGAAGAGAAGGUCGUUGUUCCAACUAAGGUGGUUGUUUCUGAUGAUUCGUUUGAGGUUAUGAACUUUUGGGGAGAAGAUCUCCCCGCUAUUGUAAAAGAGGAAGUUGAGCAGACAGUGAAGGAUGAUUUUGAUGAUGUUGCGUUCGAAAGAUUCAAAGAAUCUGGAGGAAGGUGAUUGGUCCGUUCACUGUGAAGAAGGGUUACUCAAAUCAACAGUACGAAUUGUUCCGUUACAUUUUCUCUAGCGCCAAUGAUCCGAGGUAAUCUCAUGUGUCAUGAUUACUGUGUACGUAGUUGAUAUUAGUACAUUCGUUUCGUUGUUGAUUAUUUGUUUGGUAUUUCAGUGAAGUGUUAGCCCAUUUUGGGAAGGUUGAGGUCGAGCGGAUGUAUUUCAAAUGCAUGAAACCGGAGACCGAUAUAUCACACAGUCUCAUUGAUUGCUUUGCUCAAAUCAUGAAUUUUCGAGAGAAGAAGCGCAACGGCAUUGGAAGUAAGAGAACUUGGUUUAUGCCCACCAGAAUUUCGAGCAAGUUACUUGGAAGAACGAUGACU